UGACUUCAAUGGAGUAGAUCCGCUCCAGUGAGCCGCAACUGCACCUAAUCGAGUCUGGGCUUCGACGCAUCUGCUGUUUGUUUCGUCGACGUGAUUCCGUUAUCUCAUUGCGAGAAAGCCUUGAGGCGCGUAUUGCUGGCUAAUAUUCAUACGGUUGCGAUAUCGCCUAACAGAAGCGAAUAGAAGUGUUGCCAUCCACACAGUUACCACCCACCGUGACACAUGGGCGGGUGAUUCUGGAUCGGUCGGAGAAACGGACUUCGCCAUUUUCUCAGCGUGUAAACUUUCUUCUCCGUUAGCGUGGCCGAUUGUCGUUGACGUUCGACGUUCGAUCGACGAAGAUUUGCGAGAUCGUGCAUGAGCACAUCGAGUGCGGUCGCAUGCGACAUCGCCGGCGACAUGAAUCAGUCGCGUAAUUUCACAUCGUUGUUAAAUCCGAGCUAUCUGCAGAACGCUCAGCAACAGCAGCAGACCCCCACAGGCACGGCUUCGGCAGCGGCCGCAGCUGCGGCCGCGGCGGCUGCCGCGGUAAGUGCCGCGAUCGCGAACGGCGCGCAGGUGAACGCAAAUCCGAACUCGAUGAGCAAUAAUACUACGUCGUUAACCCGAAAGCGGGAAGCAGAAGGUGAUAGUAAGCAGGAGAAAGAAUUGAAAGAGGUAGAACGUAAGAAGAGGAAAAAGACUAGAUGGAGUGGUAGCGAACAUGACAAAACAUUUAUACCAGGGAUGCCUACGGUACUACCAACAAAUCUGACUCCUGAACAGGAGAAAGCUUACCUCUUUCAGCUGCAGAUUGAGGAAAUCAGCAGGAAACUACGCACCGGCGAUCUUGGAAUUCCGCUUAAUCCUGAGGAAAGAUCUCCAUCUCCCGAGCCUAUUUACAGUAGCGAUGGUAAACGGUUGAACACAAGGGAAUAUCGUACGAGACGUAAAUUGGAAGAAGAACGUCAUAAUUUGAUUCAGAAGAUCCUGAAAAUCAAUCCGGAGUUUAAGCCACCGCCAGAUUAUAAACCGCCAAUAAUAAGAGUUCAUGACAAAGUGAUGAUUCCCCAAGAAGAACAUCCUGAUAUAAAUUUUGUCGGUUUACUCAUUGGACCACGUGGAAAUACGUUAAAGUCCAUGGAAAAGGAGACAGGCGCAAAAAUUAUAAUUCGCGGCAAAGGAUCCGUGAAAGAAGGAAAAGUAGGCAGGAAAGAUGGACAGCCUUUACCAGGCGAAGACGAACCCUUGCAUGCCUACAUUACCGCGAAUAAUUUAGACGCUGUGAAAAAGGCUGUAGAACGAAUACACGAAAUUAUUCGUCAAGGUGUGGAAGUGCCAGAGGGACAAAAUGAUCUACGACGUAAUCAAUUACGUGAAUUAGCUUUAUUGAACGGCACUUUGCGUGAAAAUGACGGUCCGCGUUGCACCAAUUGCGGUGCUCCGGACCAUAAGUCAUGGCUGUGUCCAGAUAAGCCAAAUGUAACAAAUAAUAUAGUAUGUUCGAAUUGUGGUGGUGCGGGACAUAUCGCUAGAGAUUGUAGAUCCAAGAGACCUGGUCAAGGUGGUCCGGCUGCCGCUGGAAUGGGAGGAAUGGGUCAGACUGGAGACAAAGCCAAAAUAGAUGAAGAGUAUAUGUCGCUUAUGGCCGAAUUAGGAGAGGGACCACCACCAGACAGGUCAAAGACCGCACAGGCCAGACAGCAGCAGAAUCCCAAUCCUAAUCCUAGCUAUCCUGGACUCUUCGAUAGGCAGCAGCCUCCUCGUGCAUUAAUGGCAGCUCCAGCGCAUCCACCACCGCAGAUGAUGCAGGGAGGUCCGAUGAUGCCACCACCUAGCAUGGCGCCACCGCCGUGGAGUCAAGGUGGCGAAGGAAUGAACAAUAUGAACAUGCAAUGGCAACCACCGGUGAGCAUGCCGCCCCCACCGGGCGUGAUGCAGCCACCACCGCCGCCGCCUGGCUCCACUACACAGCCCAACAUUCCUCCGUUAAUGCCGUGGAUGGCCAGCAACAAUCAACCACCACCACCGGGCCAGAUGCCACCCACGCAGAUUCCGCCGCCUGGAAUGGGAAUUCCGCCGUGGCAGCAAGGUCAGCAGGGACCGAUGCGACCACCACCGCCGGGAACGGCGCCGCCCCCCGGAUUUCCGGGUACCUGGCAGCCACAACAAAUGGGCGGCUGGCCACCGGCUGCCCCAGUUCCACCACCGCCACAGCAACAAACUCCCGCGCCACCGGGGAUCGAUUUGAACACGCUACCGACGUUGCUAGCCCAGCCGCCACCGCCACCUCCGCCCACUAGUUAGUUCUAAUCACAAUGUGUCGUAACGGUAUCAUUAAUAAACAAAAAGUUGAGAGAAUUAAGCAGAAGAAAAAGAUUACAAAGCCCGAAGAGAAUUGUUGCAUUCAGAUAGGGAGACGUAGAGCAAAAUUUAAUUAUAGACCAGAAACUAGAAAUAAAUAUCAUUAUGACUAGCUUUGAUUAUAUUAUUUUGUACACAGU